AUGGCCGCCGCAGCCCCGCCCCCACCACCAGCCCCUGCCCCCUCCGCCCCCACAGGACUCCCAGACUCAGACUCAACACCAGUAGGCCAUCCUCUUUUCUCCAGGAUCCGCCUAGCAACACCACUAGACAUCCCUCACAUCCACAAACUCAUCCACCAAAUGGCCAUCUAUGAAAAACUAACCCACCUUUUCACCGCCACUGAAUCCUCCCUUGCCUCUAACCUCUUCAAGUCUCCACCUUUUCACUCUUUCACGAUCUUCCUUCUUGAAGUGUCCUCACAACCUUUUGAAAAAGACACAAACUUUCACUCUCAAAACUUCACUCCCAUUGAAAAAAUCAUCAACCUUGAUCAUUCUUUAAUAGACCCAGAAGCUGAAACUUUCACAAACGGGAUCAACGGUGAUGUUGUUGUUGCUGGGUUUGUUUUGUUUUUUCCAAAUUACUCAACUUUUUUGGGGAAACCAGGGUUUUAUGUGGAGGAUUUGUUCGUGAGAGAGUGUUAUAGGAGAAAGGGACUGGGGAAGAUGUUGCUUUCUGCUGUAGCUUCACAGGCUGUGAAAAUGGGGUAUGGUAGAGUGGAAUGGAUUGUUCUUGACUGGAAUGUUAAUGCCAUCAAGUUUUAUGAGGAAAUGGGUGCUAAUGUUUUGCCAGAAUGGAGGAUUUGUAGGCUGACUGGUCCUGCUCUCGAGGCUUAUCGUGAUGCUCUUUGA